AUGGCUGACAUAGCACUGCCUUUUUACCUGAGCCCUUGUUCUCCCUCCCCAGGCCUGGGCUCCAAGCCCCUCAUUGAAAUGAAGGGCUAUGAGGACGGCCUCCGGCUAGAGUGCACUUCUUCAGGAUGGUAUCCAGAGCCCCUUGCAGUGUGGAGGGAGCCCUAUGGUAAUGUCACUCCUGCCUUGGAGGAGGCCUGCACUGUGGACAGAGAAGGCCUCUUCACAGUCACCAUGGUUGUGAUUAUUAGAGACUCUUCAGUGAGGAACAUGACCUGCUCCAUCAGUAACACUCUGCUCGGCCAGGAGGUGAAAACUGUGAUUUUCAUCCCAGAGCAACUUCAAGAAGAACUACGAUGGAGAAGAACCCUUGUACAUGAGCUGUCGCUUGCCUUGGUUCUGCAGGCCGUGAUUUUCAAAUGGAGUCCCGAAACGCUGAAGUUCCUAGUAGACUCAUGUCUGUAUCCUCCUGCUCCAGAAAGGACGUGGAUGGCCGUUUUCUCAAACUUCCUCCUUGGGUGUCUGCUUACCCUUAUGCUCCUGCAGCUGCCCACACUGGAUACAGCUCCUUUUGAAGUCCUUGGACCUCUGGAGCCUAUCCUGGCCUUAUUGGGUGAAGACUCUGAGCUGCCCUGUUAUCUUUCACCAAGUAUGAGUGCUGAGCACAUGGAACUUCGGUGGUUCCGGAAUACAUUCUCUCCGGCUGUGUUGGUGCACCAAGAUGGGCAAGAGCAGGAGGGAGAGCAGAUGCCCGAGUACCAGGGGAGGGUGACACUGGUCACAGAAAACAUCACUGCAGGGCAUGCAAUGGUGAGGAUACAUGGCAUCAGGACCUUUGAUGAAGGGGUGUACGGGUGCUCCUUCAGAGAUGACCAAGUCCGUGGAGAGGCCUUCCUACAGCUGAGAGUGGCUGCCCUGGGCUCUGACCCUCACAUCGGUAUGGAAGUUCAGGAAAGUGGAGAGAUCUGGCUCCAGUGCACCUCUGUGGGGUGGUACCCAGAGCCCCAUGUGCAGUGGAGAACUCCCACAGGGGAGAAGUUUCUGUCCACAUCUGAGUCCAAGAGUCCUGACCAAGACGGUCUUUUCACCGUGGCAGCUUCAGUGAUCAUCAGAGACACCUCCCUGGAGAAUGUGUCCUGCUGCAUCCGAAACCUGCUCCUAGGCCAGCAGAAGGAAGUAGGGAUUUCUCUAUCAGCUCCCUCUUCCCCAUUUUGGAGUUUCUCGAUGGUUGCUGUGUUCAUGGGAUUUGUUGGAAUAUUUAUCAUUUGGCAACUAUACAGAAAAUGUAGAAAGAAAGAAAGAAAUGAUGAAAUUAGUCCCAUAGAAUGGAAAUCGGCUCGAUCAUAUGAAGUUCCUGUGACCCUGGAUGAAGACACUGCUCACCCCCACCUCCUUCUAUCUGAGGAUUUAAAAUCUGUGCGACUAGAAGAGUCUCGUCAUGACCGACCUGAAAAUCCAGAGAGAUUUGACUCCUGGCCCUGUGUGUUAGGCAAGAAGCCCUUCACCUCAGGAAAACACUACUGGGAGGUGGAGGUGGGAGACAGGCCUGAUUGGUUGGUUGGGGUAUGCAGGGAGGACGUGAUGAAGAAAGGGUUCAUCCUCAUGUCUCCCAAGAAUGGCUUCUGGGUUGUGGAGUUAUCUGGAAAGGAGUACUGGGCCCUCGCCCCACUCCGAGUCCUUCUUUCAUUGCCAGAAGCCCCUCGUCAGGUUGGGAUUUUCUUGGACUGUGAAUCAGGAACUGUCUCCUUCUACAACGUGAAUGACGGAUCUCAUAUCUACUCAUUCCCCAAGGUGUCUUUCUCUGGCCCUCUUCUUCCGAUAUUCUGCUUGUGGUCUUGUGAUAAGAAGCCCCUGACCAUCUGUCCGGUUGCAGCUGAUGGGCCUGUGGAGGUCACAGUCAUGGCUGAUGCCCAGACCCAUCAGAGACUGUUGCCCCCCAUGGGGCAAUAAUCUGCCUCUGGAGUCGAAGAUAGUCAGUAGCCUCUCUGAAUGAGUGACAGUGUAUUUCAGCCACAGGGUCCUUUCACCUCCCCCCUCCAAUAUCCUCUCUUCAGGCUGUAGCUGUCACCGUCACCCAUAACCUCAAUUCCUUCUUUGGAGCAGAGAGGAGUCUUAAGAAAAUUGUGACUGGAUUGACAGAUUAUAGGAGCUUCUUAAUGUGUUUUAGAUCAGACAGGUUUUAGGAGCUUUACCAUAAAAUCUAAAGGCAUACAAAUGACUAAUGAGUUAGGAAGAGUGUGGCAGGAAACAUGGUGUACAGACUAGAGAUGAUAUUAAACAGUGUAUUUUGCAUGUUGUACGUAAAGAGUAAAGUGAGGGGCUAUAGCUUUCUAUGUGGCAGUGUUGGAGAGAUUCUGGGUAGAGCCCCAGAGUAAUGUGCCCAUUUUAUAUCCAGCCCCAAUCACUGUCUCCUCCUCCUCCUCCUCCUCCUCCCCAUCUUUUUCCCAGGUCUUGAUCAGACCUCACUUCAUUAGCUCAGAGAAGUUGUCUUUUCUUCCCUUAUGUAUUUAUUAACUCUCUGCUUGAGAGACAUUUGCAGGAUUGUGAAUGUUUUCCCCACUUGAAGGCUUAGCUGUCUGCUCCCUAGACCCAAGAACCUUCACCCUCACCUAGUCUCCAUGCUCCACCCUCACAUGCCAGUCCCUCAAACUUCUGCACACCUACAGCAGCCACCCUUUGCACAGACAAGUCUUUGCUGUUCACAGAUGGUGGUUCUGUAAUGUGAUCUGGCUCUCAAGCCUUUUGUAAGUCCUGGAAUUAGUGUCCCUUUUACUUAGUGUUUUCCAUAUCAUAUUUUAUCUCAUUGAUGAAGAUAGGAUUGAGUGAAUACUGCAUCAAGAGCUGAGCACAGCCACCCACAGAGGAAUGCAUUAGUGCACUUGAUCCCUCUUUCUCUUGGCCAGCUGGGCACUUUGAAAUAAACCCAAGAAAGCCUGGUGUGGUGAUGAAAACUGGUAAGUCCACCACUCAGGAGCUGAGGCAGGAGGAUCACUGAGAGUUCAAGGCCAGCCUAAAACAUACCGAGAUCCUGUCUCAAAAAAAAAGCCUGGGGUGUGGUGGCACAUGUCUAUAGUACCACCACUCUGGAGGCUGAGGUAGGUCUGUUGUGAGUUCCAGGCCAGCCUGAACUACAUAGCAAGACCUUGUGUCCAAAAAGAAAAGAAAAGAAUAAACCCAAGACUGGAAAGCCAGGUGAUAACUUUGUGUGUCACAUUCCAUACAGAGAUUGCAAUGUCUCCAGAUUUAUUUAGCUUCUUAUACAGUGUUAUCACUCAGCCCCUGUUCCUGCUGGUGUGCUAGAGCCAGUUCAUGCCAGCUUGGGACAACGGGCCAAAUCAUUUGGAGCAGGUGUUGCCAGAAAUAUAGAAUAAGUCUUUUUUUCCUAUAUAUAUAAUUUAUUAGUAUGCUACUGCUUUGUUCCCAUAAGUCAUCAAAAAUCUGUUAAAUUUCUAGCAAGCUAUACUCAUCAGCCUAUUUUUGUUAGUAUUCUGGAAAUAAAUAUCCAUGAGACUUUUA